AUGCCACGUAUUGGUUGUGGUUUGGAUAAACUUGAAUGGUUACAAGUAAAAGAACUGAUAGAACGCGUAUUGAGUCAAGUUGAUAUUGAAAUCACUAUUUAUAUCAAAGAUGUCUGUCACGCUACAACAACGUCACGGAGACGUCACGACACCAUCGCCAUUAAAGAUUAUCAGGGCCAAUACCAGUCUCGCUCUCGUCUUAACCAGAAUGACACCGACAUCAUGUGCCAAGAGACCGGAGCAGGAUGGAAACCAUGUGUAAAGAAAUCGAGAAUGAAUCGAGACCAAUUAUCUGUGAGCUCCAAAAGCGAAACAUGAUUUCUUGAAGUUGGAUGAUUAUUGUCAACUUUAUACUGCAAAAUACAUGUAACCACUAGCAGAAUGCACUUAUACGCACACAAGUUUCUUGAUUAGGCGUGUUUAAAGGUUUCUGGGUAGUGCCAGAACAUGAAUUAUAUAAAGGCAUUGUUGCUGAAAAAGGCAAUACGUUGCUUGCUCAUGGCCGUUGAUUUCUGAGGCGCAUUUAAAAAUGUUUCACAAGAUUUGGUCAUGAUAGAGAAACGCACUACAGAGAGUAGACAUGCGCAGUUCGUUGAACGUAAAGGAAAAAGCAGAUAUCUCCAUAGGCAAAUCACCAAUCUAUUAUUGGAAGAUAAAUGCAUGUUUCACGCUUAGGGUGUGGAUGUGGAUGUGAGUGUGGGUCGGAUGUGGGUGAAGAAGUGAUAAUACUCU